CUCUUUUAUUGAAAACCAAAGGGUUGGAAGUUGCCUGGUAGAACUAUAUCCAGGUCAUAGCUUAUAGAGCAGAGGUAGUGGAUGUGUGGAAGAUGGGAAGAGAUGGCCAGCUUCCUCUGUUUGAAACAAAGGCUGCAAAGGGUAGAAUCCUCUUUGGAUUGUAUGCAGUUUCAACCUUUGUGGGCAUAUGUUUGAUUUGUGUUUACAGACUAACUCAUCUACCAGAGGAAGGAGAAGUUGGAAGAUGGCCUUGGAUAGGAUUGUUCUUAUCAGAGCUCGGGUACAUACUCUACUGGUUUAUCACUGUGACAGUCAGAUUGAAACCUAUCUACCGCUACACGUUCAAAGAUAGGCUUACACAAAGGUAUGAGAAGGUUUUACCUGGGAUAGACAUAUUUGUGUGCACUGCCAACCCCAUUAUUGAACCACCAACUAUGGUCAUCAACACAGUUCUCUCAGUCAUGGCUUACGACUAUCCGCCUGAGAAGCUGAGCGUCUAUCUAUCCGAUGAUGGUGGGUCAUGUCUAACAUUUUAUGCUCUCCUAGAGGCCUCUCAGUUCUCAAAGAUAUGGCUACCAUUUUGCAAGAAAUUCAAAGUUGAACCCAGAUGCCCAGAAGCUUAUUUUAGCUCUACUUCUGAACCACAUCAUGAUGAUACUCUAAUGGCUGAGGAAUGGUCAUCCAUCAAGAAAUUAUAUGAAGAUAUGAGGAACCGGAUAGAAUCUGCUAUGAAGGUGGGCCAAAUUUCAGAAGAAAUACGCAAACAACACAAAGGAUUUGGAGAGUGGGACUUGGUUUCUGAUCCACGGAAUCAUCAAACCAUUCUUCAAAUACUAAUUGAUGGGAGAGAUAUCAAAGCUAUGGAUGUUGAAGGCCAACCUUUGCCAACUCUAGUAUACUUGUCUCGUGAGAAGAGACCCAAAUACGCCCACAACUUUAAGGCAGGAGCCAUGAAUGCCUUGAUAAGGGUGUCAUCAAGGAUAAGCAAUGGUGAGAUUAUUCUUAAUGUGGACUGUGACAUGUACUCGAACAAUUCAGAAUCGGUGAAAGAUGCACUGUGCUUCUUGAUGGAUGAAGAGACAGGCCGUGAGAUUGCCUAUGUACAGUUUCCACAGUGCUUCAACAACAUCACAAAGAAUGACUUAUAUGCUAGCUCCUUAAAUGUUAUCAUGGAGGUGGAGCUAGCAGGUUUUGAUAGCAAUGGAGGGCCUUGCUAUAUUGGCACUGGGUGCUUUCACAGGAGAGAGACUCUUUGUGGGAAGAAGUAUGAUAUGGAAUGUGAGAGAGAGCAGACAACAAGAAACAAUGACGGAAAGAUAGAAGAAAGUGCAAGUGUACUAGAAGAAACAUGCAAAGUUCUUGCAAGUUGCAGCUAUGAAGAUAACACUCAGUGGGGAAAGGAGAUGGGCUUGAAGUAUGGUUGUCCAGUGGAAGAUGUCCUGACAGGGCUAUCAAUACAAUGCAGAGGUUGGAAAUCAAUCUAUUUCACUCCCGAAAGGAAAGCGUUCCUUGGCGUUGCACCAACCACACUACUGCAAUCACUGAUACAACAUAAGAGAUGGAGUGAAGGUGAUUUUCAGAUAUUCCUCUCAAGUUACUGUCCCUUCACAUAUGGGCAUAAAAGGAUUCCCCUUAAACUUCAAAUUUCCUACUGUAUCUUCUUGUUGUGGGCCCCAAACUGCUUGCCUACUCUAUACUAUGUCGCCAUACCAUCGCUUUGUCUCCUGAAAGGCAUCUCCUUGUUUCCAAAGAUUUCAAGCCUAUGGAUCCUACCUUUUGCUUAUGUCAUGAGCAGCAGCUGUGCAUACAGUUUGGGCGAGUUUAUUUGGUGUGGUGGUACUCUCCUGGGUUGGUGGAAUGAUCAAAGGAUGUGGGUCUUUAAGAGAACAACUUCCCACUUCUUUGGCUUUUCAGAAGCCAUAUUGAAGCAGUUAGGAUUUUCUAGGUCUUCCUUUGCAGUCACUUCCAAGGUGGCAGAUGAAGAAGAAUCUAAGAGGUUUGAGCAAGAGGUCAUGGAGUUCGGUGCCGCUUCACCAAUGUUCACCAUUUUAGCCACGCUGGCUUUGCUCAACCUGUUCACUUUUGUUGGAGGCAUAAAGAGGGUGAUUAUUGAUAUGCAAGCUCAGGUUUUAGACUCUCUCUUAUUGCAGAUUCUUCUAUGCGGGGUUCUGGUUCUCAUGAACCUCCCAGUAUACCAUGGCCUCUUCUUCCGAAAGGACGCGACCAGAAUGCCCUGCUCUGUCACAUAUCAAUCAAUUGCCUUCGCUCUACUGGCUUGUUCACUAGCCUUAUAUUAGAACAUAACGCAAAGCAACUUUCUACUUAAAACUUUGCAUCAAGUAAUACUUUGCAGAUGUUUUUCUAUGAACUCGCUCUGUACCCAGUAAUAUAUUCUAGGAAAGGAACUUUCUAUUUGUCAUGGUAAGAAUAUGAUCAUUGCAUAA